CACCUAAUUAAACCGCCCGAUUCUUGGCCAAUCCCCCACUGUGGGUAUGUGCCACAGCCACUCAGGACAACAACAACAACAACAGAAGCCAUCUUGCGCUGCGCUGUUCGAUCUGCUUACCAUUUGGAAUUACUAUGGAACCCCUUUCGCAAGAAGCCUCGAAGUCCCCCAAGGCGGACAAAGCAAGACGAUCUUCGAAGUCCUACAAGUCAGACGUUGGGCACAAAGACGCGAAGAAGAACGCUAAAGAAAAGGGUCCCAAGCAUGGAAAACACCUCACUACAACAACGGAAGCCGAGGAAACGAUGGCCGGGACACUGAUAGCUCACCAGGCAGCAACGGUGCCGAAGCCAGAAGAGGAAGUUUCAUCAACAGGACAGCCAGCAGACCGGACCUGCCAGUCACGUCCAUCAUCGACCGAAAGGCGAACAGUCGCGCUUGUGGGACCCACAAGCGGGCCCUCUUCACACGAUCUCCAAACUGAACACGCCGCAGUACCUCUGACGUCACCAGCGGAAAGGCCCGAAGGAGCUGCGGACCAGGCUUCAACACCAACAUCGCCCACCGGGUCCGAGGAACGUCCCGUCGAUACCACACUGGUAUUCGACCGAAGGAGGCCAUCAUCCAUUGGAAAGGACAAACCAGCACCGGCCAGUGGGACUUUGUCAGAGAAAACUCGAGCCUUGGACGCUCUCCUCAAAGGUGUUCUUUAUUACAGCCUGCUUCAGCAUGUGUACCCAAGCCGGCCCCGUCAGGGCUCUGAUGGGAGACUGCAACAAGGUCGUCAGCAACUUCCCGGCUUUCGCUCGAGCCUUCCAGUGUCCGACUGGCUCACCCAUGAACUGGGCUCACCCAUGAACCCAGCGCAAUUUCUUUCGACUGAGCCCCACAAUCUAACAUUUGCUGUGGCGACACAAGCAUGCUGUCGCAACAUGUUUUCAGUUUCUUUUUCGCGUUGUACAUAAUGCCCACUGACGUUAUAUGCGCAUAUUUUAAAACAUGUCCUGCUGCGACAACAAUUUCGCGCCACGAGUUCCGUCACGAAACUUUUGGACCACUGUGACACCUUCAACGAAGCACCGAAUUUAGACGUGCCUUCACUGCUACAUAGCUUUUUGGUUUUACAGAACUCUUGCCUAAAGUUCUCACUAACUUUUUUUAUCUCCUCUAUUCUCAUCGAUGAAUUGUCGUUAUCGUUUGUGGAAUGUUUUAAUAGGUCGACAUUGCUAGGGCACAAAACUCAAGAUACAAUCGUAGUAAACAAAGGUAGGUGGACCAUUAUUGAGUAAUUAUGUGCCAGAAGAUGGGACAGGCUACUUUUUAUAACUAUAUACAAAGGAUGGAUGACCAAAGGGCAGCCGUACUUUUUUGUGUCUAUUCGAAUGCAACAGCGCGUAAUUUUUUUGUUGGUGAUUUCUUGUCACUCCUAAACCAGUGACCACCUGUCGCAAGAAAGUCGUUUCCGAUGUAUGACUGCAUAAAACACAGUGCUGUAGUUAGCCAUACUCUUGUAUGGACGUGUAGACGUGGAACAGCCCGUUGUUAUCAUAUGUGGUAUUCAAUAUUUUAAUAAACUGGAACACCGAUGA